AUGGUUGUGUUUUCCACAGCCAAUGCAACAACAAAAUUUGAUCAUUGUGAUAAAGAUGGUCCAUUUCGAUUACCCCUACUCUCUGUUACACUUAAUCCCGAUCCGGUCAUCCCCGGAGACCACGCGACUUUUAAUAUUACUGGAACUUUAAAUACAGAUCAAACAAGAAAUACCGCAAUCUUUGUUUAUUAUUACGAUCUUAAAAGUCAACAAAUGAUAGGCGAAAAAUAUCUUGAAACUAUUUGUCCUAAAGGAUGUAUGUUAACUAAAGCUAAUACUCCAUUUACUAAAAUAGUUAAUUUUACGGCACCAAAAAACUUACCUACUCAAUAUGGAAUUGUAGUUAAUGUUGUAGAAGUAGACUACGUAGAAAAUAGGUUAGGAAUAACUCAAGCUUGCGCAAAAGCAGAAGUAGAUAUUAUACCUGUUUGA